AUGGUUCCCGAAUAUUUUAUUUUCUUGCGUUUUUACUCUUAUAUCUCUUCACAGUUUCUUUUGCUUCCAUUGAGCAAGCGCAUUUGCUCUCAAAUGAAAGCAACUUUCGAAUGCCAAAAUAAUUCCUUAUUGGCUUCUUGGACACUAAGUCAUUCGCAUGAGAAUGUCUUCACACCUUGGAGCGACGAAACUUACGAUGCAUACAGGGAUUGGUAUGGAAUUAUAUGCGAUAAUGGUUGGGUAAACAGGGUGAAUAUUACAAAGUCUAAUGUUAAUGGCACACUCUAUGAUUUUCCAUUUUCAUCUCUCCCUUUUCUUGAAUAUGUUGAUCUUAAAAUAGGGAAACUUGUCAAUCUUGUUGAAGCUUAUCUUGGGACUAACCACAGGUUAUAUUAUACAGAAAUAGGUAACUUAGUCAAUGCAAAAUUGUUCUAUGCUUUCUCCAAUGAAUUGUCUGGUCCCAUUCCUGCUGAAAUAGGGAAGAUGAAGUCACUUGAGAAUUUAAGCUUCCAGACAAACAAUCUCUCUGGUCCAAUUCCCAAAACAAUUGGUGAAUUAACUGAGCUCAAACUCUUGCACCUUUAUACCAACCAACUUUCUGGCCCCAUUCCUAGUGAGUUAGGGAAUUUGAAAAAUCUGAGUGAUCUGCAAUUAUCCAGUAAUCAACUUCCUGGUCCAAUUCCUGCUUCCUUUGGCAAUUUGAAAAACUUGCAAGUUUUGUAUCUCCGUGAGAACAAACUUUUUGGUUCUCUUCCAAAAGAACUUGCAUAUUUGGAUAACUUAGUUGUGAUGGAAAUGGAUGAAAAUCAGUUUUCAGGCCAUUUACCGGAGCAUCUUUGCCAAGGUGGGAAACUUGAGAGCUUCAAGGUGAAUAGUAACAAGCUGACAGGGCCAAUACCAAGAAGCUUUAGCAAGUGCUCGAGUUUAAAAAGGGUUCGUUUUGAUAACAACAACUUCACUGGGAACUUAUCUGAAGCUUUUGGUAUCUAUCCGGAGCUUCAGUUCAUUAAUUUGAGCGACAAUGAUUUCCAUGGUGAACUUAGUAGCAACUGGGGAAAAUGUAAGAAUUUGACUAAUCUGCAGGUGGCUAGAAAUAACAUUAGUGGUAGCAUACCACCAGAGAUUGGAAAAGUUAACAGGCUUGAAUGA